AUGGCCGGAGACCCCUUUCUAUCAGAUCCAUCGAAAAAGAGAAAAAGGCAGGCGAAGCCGAGCUCCACGGUGAAAAAGCAGCGGCCCGCCGCCCGCAAGCCCGACCACGAUCUGGAGAUCUCAAGUGACUCCGAUGUGGAUCCAGCAGACAUGUCCAGUGAAGAAGAAACAGCACCAGCCGAGGAACGUGAGCUCGAUUCGGACGAGGAAUUCGCCACGGAGACGGCAGCGGAAAAGAGAAGACGUUUGGCCAAACAGUACUUGGAAAACCUCAAAGAACAAGAGUUGGAAGGAGACGAAUACGAUGCCCAGGACUUGGACGAUGAUAUCUUGGCCAGAAGGCUCCAGGAAGACGCUGCCGAGGGCAAAGGUCACGCGUUCAAGCACAUUGCCGAAAAGAUCGAAAAGCAGCUAACAGACGCUGCCAGAAGCACCGCCAGAGUGGGGUCCAAGAACCUCACGGCCGUGACUGUCAGACACCCUUUUGCAUACACCGUCUCCAAGGACAUGGAGCUCAUCAAGUGGAACGUGGGCGGCAAGAAGCCGCAGAGAGUGAAGCACACCAAGGGAGGCUUGAAGUUCUCGUCGAAAAAGAUCCACCACUGUGACCAGAUCAACUGUGUUGCAGCCUCGCCAGACGGCAAGUACGUUGUCACCGGUGGCAGCGAUGCUAGGCUUAUAGUGUGGUCGCUGGAGAACCUCACGUGCUUGCGUGUCAUUGAUACCCGGGCGGCGGUGAAUGCCAUUACUUUCAGAAGAAAUAGCGAUCAGCUUUUCGCUGCUUGUGCUGAUCUUCGAAUCAGGACUUUUUCGAUCGCCCAGCAGGCCCAGCUUGAGAUCUUGUACGGUCACCAGGACAACAUUACCGACAUCAGCGCAUUGGCUCGUGAAACAUGUGUAUCUGUUGGCUCCAGAGACAAAACAGCCAUGUUCUGGAAGAUCGCCGAGGAGCUGCGCUUGACCUUCCGUGGUGGUGACUCUUUGGACAAGAAGAGAAAGAAGGACGACGAGGGUUCCAACGAGCCAUACCACAUGGAAGGCUCCCUCGAAGUGUGUUCCAUGGUGGACGAAUCGCAUUUCAUCACCGGUGCCGAUAACGGCAACAUUGCUCUUUGGUCGCUUGGAAAGAAGAAAGCUUUAUUCACACAGCGUCUUGGACACGGCCUUUUACCGCAAUUCAAGCCCUCGCAGGCCAGUGCCGAGGCUGCUCAGGAUGUAGCACAGCUUCAGGUGCCUGAAAGACAGCCAUACUGGAUUACAGCGAUUCAUUCCGUUCCAUACAGUGACUUCUUUGUUACCGGUUCCUACGACGGCGAACUAAGGCUCUGGAGAAUCGACAAGGAGAGGUUCAAGCGGUUCACACUCAUGGGAGUGAUUGGAAACGUGAAGGGAGUGGUUGUGGGCAUUGACAGUGCCGAGCUUCAGCAGGACAAGUUGGUGACGUUGUACGUUGCCACCAGUAAAGAACACAAGUUCGGUCGUUGGUUGGGCAAGGUGGAAGGCGCCAGAAACAACUUGACGAUGGUUACCUUUAAUGUAUAG